CAAUUCUACGCAAAAAGUGUCGUAACUGGCAACUUGUUAGCGUAUCUGGCAUGUUGGGAUUUCAAUGGUGCUCUCUCGUAGAUGUGAAAAAAACUUUAGACUUAAAGAGAAAGGAUGAACUAUUUGCCUGGAACAGCGAGCUUGGUUGAAGAAAUAGAUAGUACGCACAGUACUUUGCUUUACACAUUACUGCUUUUUCUAUAUAAACUUUACUUAAUUAUUUGUCUUGCUAGGGAAAAUUUAAUUAAUAAUAUUUACCGGGUCUACCGCUCAAAGUUAGUCGUACUCACUCUUCAGUCUCACUAACUAAUAUUAAUAACUUCUCACACUCAAGUCAAACAGUCACUAGAGAGGUACUGAUUUCACUCUGACUCAGUUACUUUUACUGAAAAAUGAGUUGAGUAAUGUCCUGUUAUUUAUAAAAUAAAAAUGAGUAGGCCUAUCCAGCAGCGACCUAGCCUAUUUUUUGUAUCAUAACUUAUAUGACAUAAAUAAAUUCAAUGUAUAUCUAACUUAUUAAUAACUUAAAUUUAAAUAAUAAUCAUUAAUAAAAGUAAUAGAUUUUUACAAAUGAAGUUUUCAAUUGUCAUUACUUAAUAGGCCUAAUUUUAAUAAUGCCAUCUUAGCUUUAGACAUCUUCAUGAUCUUUUUGUAGACAUGGUCUACACGUCCGGCAACAGGAAGAAUAAUUCUCGAGAUAUUCAUCCGGCGACCAGGUCACAUUGUAACAAAGUUGGGCCAGAUAUCUGUCCGCCAGCUUUGUCACGUGACCCCUAAUAGUUGAUCAUAAAACUGGCGUCGGAGAUGCAUGGGGGGUGAAGAGUAUACUAUACACUUCAUUUCAAGAAUUAGGUGGUGGGGGGAAGCACUGCUUACUAGAAGGAAGAAAUUCAUAGAGCAUGAGAGAAAGGAUAAAAAUGAUUUUGAGGGUAAAAAAUUAUUAAGGCGGGAGGUCGAAAGUUCACAUCGAAAUAGCCCCUACGCCUACAUCCUAAUAUAGGGCCACUAUAAUAUGGUGUGCUGUUGGGGUAGCCUACUUCUCAUGCAAUAUUAAUAGCAUAAAAUAUAACUUUUUUUACAGUAGAUCUAUUGACAUUCAACUGGCAAGUAUUGGUCUUAUUUUCUUUGGUUCAUAUUUUAAAUUUACGCUACUAGGUAGAACUUUAUAAGAUAUUUAAACCGAGAUAGACUUUUUUUUUUAAUAUUUGCCGGCGAUGUCUUGUCACAUGACAUGUCUGCCAGAAUAAUAAAACAUACUAGUCGUUUGGCGGUCACGCGACAAGCCCGCUGGAAGAAUAUCUCUCGCACUAUUUGUCUGGUCGUUGGACGUGUAGACACUGCCUAAAGUUAAAGCAACUAGCCAUACUGAAUGAUACUGCAUAGUUUCAACAAAUUUUUUAAAAAUAUGUCAGUAAAAAGAAUAUUAUGUCUUUAAAACUUUUGUAGCUUUAGAAUAAUUGACAGUAAAUUUGAUUUUUUUGAGAUGUCAACUCUGCUCUUGAUAAGUAUUUACAAAUCUUUUAUUACCCAACAGAGCAUCUUAAAAAGUUUAAUACCUACUACCAUUUUAAUGGAAGAGCUUAAUAAAAAGUGGUCUCAACUCUCCAUCUGCACUGCUGUCAGGAAAAUUUUAUUUCAAUUCACAACCUGUACAGCCAUUCUAUUACCAUGUCCAUAUGCCACAAGAUUCAUUGUGGUAGAAUAAAACUUACAAUAGGCUUUCUUACAUUUCAACCCCAAUCCCCCCACCCCUUUAAAAAAGAAAUAGAAAUAUAAUACAUCUCCUAUAUCAGAGACUUAAAGUGCUGGCACUCCUCCCCCACCCUUUUAUCUUGGCAUUGCCCUUCUAUGGGGCAUAUACCCCAUGUUGAGAACUACUACUAGUUGUCCAGUGGAUCACAUAUUAUUCAGGGUCUAACUUAGUCUAAGUAAGGUACUUUGUUACCAAACAUAUAGCAUUAAUAGGAAUAUUAAGGCAUAGUUAUAACACUGUAGUGUAGCUUGUAGUAAAGCCUCCUACCCUGGCCUAAUUUAAUAGGCCUUUUGGUAAUUAUAAUAACUUACAAUCUUCUAAUAUUAGGCCCUAACAACAAUAUUUACUGUGUUUUUUUGUGGUAAACUGAUUAAAUGGUGGUAGAAAUCUGAUUUUUAAACAGAUUUUUAACUGUAGUCUAUUACUGUUUGUUUUAGUUGCUGUCAAGUCAUAGACAUAAAUAGUUAAUUAGGUAAUUAUAUAAUAAAAGAUCUGUGAAAACCGUAAAGUGGGCCAAAUGGGUGUCUGGGCUAUUAAACUCUUUUUCAAUUUUUAAAGAGGGUGUUUUUCAUAAUUGCUGGCAUUAUGACAUAAUGUAUUGCUUUAAAAAACAACUUUCUAAAAUAUAUAGUCUUAGAUAGUACUUCAUACUUGACUAAGACUAAUAAUUAAAUUGCUUCCGACAUUUUGUGAAUGAUUACUAAACCAACUGACAUGAUCUUUUUUUUUUCCUUAAUAUAUUUUGGUUUGCUCAUUGUAAAAAAAUGAUACAGCUAAUUUAAUGGUGAAUUCCAUCGUAACUAUCUUAACUUUUAGAGGAAAUCAACAAAAAAAGAUGCUAACUCAUAAUUAGAUAUAUAGUGGUUGAUUUUAUCAAGUGUAAUUCCAUGUUUGCUAUUUAUCCCUUUUCAGAAUAACAUCAAUAAGAUAUUGUUUUAUAAAGUUCAAUGUUGUUAUGCCAGAUUUCAAAAAAUUUUAUGACUAAUGAUUAAAUUGCUUCCAACAAGAUUUAACUUAAGACAGGCAUAAUUCCCAUUGAUUUUUGCAAUUACUAGCAGGCCCCAAACUGGUUAAUAUCAAUAUUCCACAUAUUGUGGACUGUUACCAUUCCGAGGGAACAUAGCUAACAGUGAUUGAUUUUAUCAAGUUUAAUUCCAUGUUUGCUAUUUAUCGCUUUUCAGGAUAACAUCAAUAAGAUAUUUUAUUAUAAAGUUCUUGUUAUCAUUCCAGUUUUUUAUAUUUUUAACCUAGACCUAUUUUGAAGACAAAAAACAAGCAACUUCUUAUGUCACUAGUAUUAGGCCUUUAUAUCUUUAAUUUGAAGUUAAAAGUAGGUUCAAAUAACCUUGCUAAUUUUUUAAUGCACAUUUAUAGUUGAUUUUUUCUUUGUCUAGAGAAGUUGUUAGUUGUCCUACGAGAUGGACGAACUCUGAUUGGUUAUUUAAGAACAAUUGAUCAGUUUGGUAAGUACAUGUAAAUUAGUACAUGGAAAGAUUUUUAAAUUUUCUAAUAAAAAAAUUACCUUAUGCAAACAGGAAAAAAAUUAAACAUCUUCAAUACUUAGCUCUACAAUUUUUAAUUUAUGUCAAUAAAUUCUAAGGACUAAGGAACUUGUUAAUGUGACUUUGUUAUCAAUGAAAAUAAAUUCUUGUAAAAAUUUAUUAUGUUAACACUUAACUACAACACAUUUUUGUUCAUUUUUAGUAGGAGUACAUUAAUUUUUAGUUAAUUAUAAAAUGUUCCCCUUUACACUAUAGCCAAUCUGGUGCUGCAUAGAACUAUUGAACGCAUUCAUGUUGGAAAAAAGUAUGGAGAUAUCCCCCGUGGUAUCUUUAUAGUUCGUGGAGAGAAUGUCGUGUUACUGGGAGAAGUUGUAAGUACCUUGAUCUCAUUUAUUUUAAUUAUAAUAUUAUCCUGACAAAAAACUAAAGGAAAGCGAAUCUUUCCUUCAAUGACUCAAUUUAAAUUGCUAUGUUUUUUUUUAACUGUUAACAGGUGUGAUCAUAUAUCUUUAUUUCUGAAAUUAUUUAAAUGGUUAAAAACUGUUGAAAUUUUUUGUAUAAUAUUUUUUAAGGACCGAGUAAUAACAAAAAUUUUAUUGAAUGAAGAUGAAAGAAAAACCCAUAAAUAUAGUAUAGGGAAAUAUGAUUGAUGACGAAAGUGUGGAACUUUGAAGGUCAAUAAUUUCAAUAACAAUGGAACACACUUUAUGAGCUAAGAACUUACAAUUAUGUCAUCUGACUUGAAGGUUGGGGAACUCUUGGAAAUUAAACUAUCAAUAAUUGUUUUGCAGAUGAAAAUGGUUGAUUACAUCCAUAAGUGUUUAACAUGUUAUGUUAUUUUGCUUACUGUUUAACCAGUCCAUUUCCCUGUCAGUCUAUUUUGGAAAUCCCAUUCACUUUAAUUGCCAGUUAAAACUUAACCUUACAGCAUUUUAUAUUUUUAUGUUUAUUCUCAUUUAAGGACCUAGAAAAUGAGCACAAUCUGCCUUUGGAGCAAGUUAACAUUGACACAAUUCUGGAGUUGCAGAGAGAACAGCAGUUAGAGAGGGAGGCUGAGCAAGAGCGCAAAAAAAAGGCAAUGGCAGAGAGGGGCAUUCACAUAGAUCAAGCUAUUGAUGAUUUCUAGGUUUCUUUUAGGCUUAACUUAGAUCAAGAAUUUUAAUCCUGUUAGCUAUUUUUUAAAGUACAAAUUUUUUUUUUUUUAUAUAUCAAUGAUGCACUUCAUAAGUGCAUUCAAAUAGUUCAAAUCUGAACAAUUUUGGACCUCUUUGCGAGGCUUAGUUUAUUUACCGGGUUGCUAUAUUUCAAAGAAAAUUAAAAGAUGUAAAAUAUUAUUUACUUACUUUUAAUAGUUUAUAAAGUAACCAGGUGUGAAAUCAUAGUUUAGUUUACUCAAGCAGGAUAUUGAGAUGCUGAAUUAUGGACCUAUUUAACAUUCUAAGGUGGUAAGGAAGAGAUACUUCACUAUAUUCGAUAUUUAUAGAUGCAUUCUUUGAUUGAUUCGUUGUAAAUUUUCUGUGAAUGACAUUUUGUUGACUUUUUUCAGCACGCACUUGGCUAAUUGCAAUCAAGUUGUUAGUUGUUAUUUUCUAUGUUAUACUAACUUAUAUGAUUAAGAUAAUAUUGUGAUCUAUGAUAAGAUUAAGAUUCUUUUUUAAGACAAUACAUUUUUUUUAAACAAAUGUAUAUUCAUUUUUUAUUAUAAUUUAGAAGUUCAAUUUACUCAUUAAUUUUUUGCAGUGGUUUCACUCCUUUUUUUGGCUCAACAUGCAUUUAAAUUUUAAGACAACAAAUAAAUUAUAUUUAUGUUCACUACAGUUACAAUUAAGAACACCUCAUUUAAAGUAGAAAAAAAUGUGUUCAUUAUAUUAUGUAGAGCUUUAUCACUUUUUCAUUUGUUGUAAUAAUGCUUUUUUUAAAUUUAAAAUAUGUGGUAAAAUUGUUGUCAAAUGCUUUGUUCCAAUGCUACAUAUUUUUUGUCAAGCUUUAAAAUUCAUUUUUACUUACAAAGCUGACAAAUGGGAUUCUGUAAAUUAGAUUUUGAAUCCAGAUUAUGUAAAUUUCAUGAAGUAAACACAAAUAUGACUGAUUUCUCCAAUUUGAUUUAUUUUUAUUUUUUUGGUGAGCUGUUAAAAAUGUAUUUGCAAAAU